CGUGAGGAACAUUGCCUCGCAUAAAUAAUUGAAGCCAAAGAAUUUUUAUUAAGCAAGGUGAAAAAUUGUUCAAUUGUCAAAUAAAUUAAAAUUAAUUACGCAUUCUCAGAAGCAGUUCUUCAUAGUUAAAUAGAUACCUACGUGAAUAGUAACGUGAUAGUUGGCAAAGAUACAAUUCGAAAUUCGAGAAAAAAGAACAAAAUUUACGUUUAAAUGAUUCUGGCGAGUUUUCGUGAUCGUCACAAAAACUCUCAAAUACUUUAAAUGUUUCUUAGAGAUUUUAUCAGUCUUCGCUUAGUCGUCAACAGCGAUAAUCAUCGCAAUUCGCAAUGGAUUUUGAUGGCAAGAUUUUAGGCUACAUGAAAUGCAGACGAUUUCAAGAUGCGGAAAAGCUCAUCUUGGAUCAAAUUAAUACUUUGGAAAAGAAUGGUUCUGGAAGCAGAAAAGACUUGGCAAGUGCGUACAAUUGGCUGGGACUGUGUCGCUACAGGGCCGUCGAGUUCGACGAGGCUCAGCAGCAUUUCAAUACAGCCAUUCAGCAUGACAGCGCUUGCGCCCAAGCCUACUAUAACAGGGGAACGGUGUGCUACAGAAUGGGAAAAAGUGAUAAGGCGGUAGCAGACAUGGAGAUGGCGGUGCAUCUUGAACCACACAACGAAGAAUUCUUGCUAGGGUUGACCAGUGCAAAAAAACUACAGAAGCUUUCAAAAAAUAAUCAAUGAAUUUAUAGAGAAGAAUUUUUUCAACACUUUUCAACAGCUGUAAAACAAAACCUUAUAUACACUAUCAAAAUUGAUGUGGUUACAAAAUUUGCCUGCUUCUAUCAAUAAAACUAUGUGACGUAA